AAUAGCUGUGUCUGGCUGUGUUGUUUUUCCUGGCUGCUUGUCUGUGGCACAGGAGGAACGCUAGCUAGCAUUCUGUUCAAAUUCGGCUAACGUACGCCUGUGAUUAUCUGAUCGAAGUAAUGAAUUUAUUUCCGUCAAAUGCACACGGGAACGGACUCUUGUACGCGGGAUUCAACCAGGAUCAUGGGUGCUUUGCUUGCGGAAUGGAGAAUGGGUUUAGAGUGUACAACGCAGACCCACUCAAAGAGAAAGAAAAACAAGAGUUCAUGGAGGGCGGGGUCAGCCAUGUGGAGAUGCUGUUCAGGUGUAACUACCUAGCGCUGGUCGGAGGAGGGAAGAAGCCCAAAUAUCCACCUAACAAAGUGAUGAUCUGGGAUGACCUGAAGAAAAAGACGGUUAUAGAAAUCGAGUUCUCCACGGAGGUCAAAGCAGUGAAGCUUCGAAGGGACAGGAUCGUUGUGGUCCUGGACUCAAUGAUCAAAGUGUUCACGUUCACCCACAACCCUCAUCAGCUGCAUGUAUUUGAGACCUGCUAUAACCCCAAAGGUCUGUGUGUGCUGUGCCCCAACAGUAACAACUCUCUCCUGGCGUUCCCGGGCACCCACUCUGGGCAUGUGCAGAUCGUAGACCUGGCCAACACAGAGAAGCCUCCAGUGGACAUCCCCGCCCAUGAGGGGGUGCUGUGCUGCAUCGCCCUCAACCUGCAGGGAACCAGGAUAGCCACCGCCUCCGAGAAAGGAACCCUGAUCAGAAUAUUUGACACCAUGGCAGGUCACCUGAUUCAGGAGUUGAGGCGGGGGUCACAGGCCGCUAACAUCUACUGCAUCAACUUCAACCAGGACGCGUCCCUCAUCUGUCUGUCUAGUGACCAUGGUACUGUCCACAUAUUCGCUGCAGAGGACCCCAAGAGGAACAAACAGUCCAGCUUAGCCUCUGCUAGUUUCCUUCCUAAGUACUUCAGCUCCAAGUGGAGUUUCUCCAAGUUCCAGGUUCCAUCAAAUUCGCCGUGUGUGUGUGCCUUUGGAACAGAACCCAACUCUGUCAUAGCCAUUUGUGCUGACGGCAGCUACUACAAGUUCCUGUUCAACCCGAAGGGGGAGUGUUCCCGAGACGUCUACGCCCAGUUCCUGGAGAUGACUGAUGAGAAGAUCUGACCUUUAACCCAGACUCCUCCUGCAGACAGACAGACGUGUGUUUAUAUUCUGGAGCAGGAGGACAAGGGGGAUGGACAGAAGGAGGAGGUUAGGUGUCUCUGCUCACCCAGUGCUGAUAGACUCUCAAUGGAGAGAGGGAGACCGCCUUAGAAACGACAAGACGGACGGAGGGAGCGAUGAAUGAAGUCAAUGUCCUCUCUGACACAAACUACUUAGAGACCAUCUUUGAACAACUAGCAAAGGACAGACAGAUGGACAGACUGUCACCUGGACCUUGUUGUCCUGCUACUCUGAGAACCAAACAGGGAAAUGUAUUUUUGUUGCUUUUUAAAGAUGUCUUCCGUGGAAUUUACAAUGAUCGGUUGAUUAUUCUGGUUAUUUUUUUUUAACGGCGUAUUGCGUUAAUUCCAAUAGGUAGAUGCAUAGAAAAAUAAAUAUUGUAAACUAACACCACCUAAUCUAACUAUAGGGAGUGCCUCUGAGCUGAAUCAAUAUUGGACUGUGUAUAUAUAUACUCGCAUAUGUGCCUUCAGGAAGUAUUCAUGCCCUUUGACUUAUUUCUCAUUUUGUUGUUACAGCCUGAAUUCUAAAUUGAUUAUAUAUAUAUAUAUAUAUAUAUAUAUUAAACACAUCUACACACAAUACCUCAUAAUGACUAAGUGAAAACAUGUUUUUAGAAAUGUUUGCAAAUGUAAAAUGAAAUGCAGACAUUUCUAAUUUACAUAAGUAUUCACACCCCUGAGUCAAUACUUUGUAAAAGCACCUUUUGACAGUGACUACAGCUGUGAGUCUUUCUGGGUACGUCUCUAAGAACUUUCCACACCUGGAUUGUGCAACAUUUGCCCGUUAUUCUUUUUCAAAAUGUUUCAAACUCUCAAAUUGGUUGUUGAUUGUUGCUAGACAUCCAUUUUCAGUUCUUGCCAUAGAUUUUCAAGUAGAUUUAAGUCAAAACACUAACUCAGCCAUUCAGUAACAUUAACCGUCUUCUUGGUAAGCAACUCCAGUGUAGAUUUGGCCUUGUGUUUUAGGUUAUUGUCCUGCUGAAAGGUGAAUUAAUCUCCCAGUGUCUGCUGGAAGGCAGACUGAACCCCAGUCCUUAACAAUUACAAUCAUAGCCAUAACAUGAUGCAGCCACCACUAUGCUUGAAAAUAUGGAGAGUGGUACUCAGUAAUGUGUUAUGUUUGGGGCAAAUCCAACACUUUGUAUUCAGGACAAAAAUGUAAUUGCUGAGCCUCAUGUUUUGCAGGUAAUUAGUUUAGUGUCUUGUUACAAACAUAAUACACAUUUUCCAAAACAUGCAUCAUCUACAGGCUUCCUUAUUUUCACUCUGUCAAUUAGGUUAGUAUUGUGGAGUAACUGCAUUGGGUUUGAUUCAUCCUCAGUGUUCUCCUAUCACAGCCAUUAAACUAACUGUUUUAAGGUCACUAUUGGCCUCACGGUGAAAUCCCUGAGCAGUUUCCUUUCUCUCUGGCAACUGAGUUAGUGACUGGGUGUAUUAAUACACUAUCCAGAAUGUAAUUAAUAACUUCACCGUGCUCAAAGGGAUAUUCAAUGUCUACUUUUUAUUUUAAUGUUUACCCAUCUACCAAUAGGUGCCCUUUUUUUACAAGGCAUUAGAAAACCUCCCUGGUCUUUGUGGUUGAAUCUGUGUUUGAAAUUCACUGCUCAACCUUACAGAUAAUUGUAUGUGUGGGGUACAGAGAUGAGGUACUCAUUUCAAAAUAAUGUUAAACACUCACAGAGCGAGUCUAUGCAACUUACUAUGUGACAUGAUUAAGCACAUUUUUACUCCUGAAAGUAUUUAGGCUUGCCAUAACUAAGUGUUUGACUCAAGACAUUUCGGUUGUCAUUUGUAAACAUUUCCGCUUGCACAUUUUGGGGUAUUGUGGUUAAGCCAGUGACAAACAAAUCUCAAUUUAAUAAAUGUUUAAUUCCGGCUGUAAAACACAAUGUGGACAAAAUCAAAGGGUAUGAAUACUUCGUGAAGGCACUGAUAUGCAUAUUUGGGUGGGAUUUCACAAAGGAAGAUCUUGUGAGUUUGAGCCAGGUGGGUAAACACCUAGAAACAGAGCUUUCUUCCUACGGUUGAAGAAACGAGUCACCCAUUAAGGGGCGGCAGGUAGCCUAGUGGUUAGAGCAUUGGGCCACUAACCCGAAAGGUUGCUGGAUCGUGUCCCCAAGCUGACAAGGUAAAAAAUCUGUUGUCCUGCCCCUGGACAAGGCAGGUAAUCCACUGUUCCCCAGUAGGACGUCAUUGUAAAUAAGAAUGUGUUCUGACUUGCCUCGUUAAAUUGAAAAAAGUUCAUAUUUUUUACAUGAUUUUUAAAAUCUUGAUUUACGGUGGUUUAUCUGGUUAACCUCAGGGAUUCCUCUUGGUGAAACCUCACCCUGGUAGAGUUUAGCUUCGCUGUAUAAACACAAUGAAUGCGCCAUCCUGAACACAUGUCACUUACCGUAGAAGAAGAAGAAGAGAUCUCAUGGUAAUCAAUGUUUCGCUUUUCCUGACAUUUCAUGUUGUAGCUUACUAUGUAUAUAUGUACGUGUAAUAUCCUUGAUGUGAGUCUCGCCCUCCUUGUGGAGGGAAUAUAUUAUUUACAACUCUAAUUAGUACCUAUAAAGCACUGAUUUGGGGCUAGAUUCAAUCCCAUCGCCCCUUUUCGGGCUAUGCACCUUUUUUAAAGGCAACAUAUCCGUGUUCGAGGAGAUCGCAUCCGUGGUAAAUGCUGCAUAUGUCGGCUCAAUGGGAAAUGUAUGUCAAUCGCGCUAUAACACAGCUCUUCCGCGGUACGGAUUGAAUCUAGGCCCAAGUACUUUGAUCUUUACAUUUGAGUUUUGAGCAUAAUCAAACUCGGGCAACUUGAUCAGUCUCAGAUGAUUUUCAAUGACGCGUAAUGUUCCUAAUUCUUUCAAAGAAACCAAUGUUUAUCAUGCAUCCGUUCCUGAAUGAAUAGAACCGUUUUCCCAGAACCAAGCCGUCCCGGCCAUUGUGGAAACUGCUGCAGUAUUCUGCCGUGAUCAAAGUGCAUUUCCACCCCCUUAUGAAAGUCUUACGAGUGACACAUUCUAGCUGAAUUAAACCAAAAUCCACUUCCUUGUGUGACUGAAUUACACACCCAUUCCUUUUUGGUGAGGUUUAAUUGGCUGGUGUAGUUUGCCUCUUGAAGAGAGAAGUCUCUUCUGCUUGCUCACUAGGGCCAGCUUUAGCAAGCUUCUGCAUAUGUUAACUGAUCUACAAAUAAUGGUAACAUUUGUGGAUCUACAAGCAGUAUUGACUUUAGAGCCUAUCUCAUGUUUGUCACAGUAUCAGGUCCAGCUUUUUGGCCCAUGUAUGUGACCUUACAAUGCAGUACUACAAUGUAUUUUUCUGUAUCUUUCAGUAUGUUUCUGAUUUGUCCGACGCACAUUUCUCUUUAAUUUUGAAUUCAAUGGGAACCGCUUUCUGAAUGCAUUUCAUUUGUUGCAUCCAGCUCUGAUUGUACAUAUGUCGGGGGAAUUUAAUCCCUACACACACACACACACACACACAACACUAUGCUGCCAUUUAACUACAUAUGGACGCGGCACAAACUCUCCUGUUUAUGUGACACAUUCAAAAUGAUUGUAAAAUCCUGCAUUUAAAUUUGUAAAUAAAAUGUCAUGUCCGUAUGGACAUUUGUACAUGA